AUUUUAGUUCUUCUCUAACCUAAACCAACCUCUGUGACCGAGUCCUAAAAAUCUCAAAACCAGAUACAUCACCAUAACCAAAUUUACAACAAUGCUUCUAAGAAGUUCUUCAACGCCGGUGAUGAAUCCAUGGAUUCCACAUACGAAUUCAAAGGAUUCAUCUCCUGAACCUGAAUUCCUCCAUCGAAUUCCGAAAUCCAGAUCUGUUACUCUCUCUGCUUCAUCGUCGACGUCGAGUUCACGGUCACCGAUUUGCGGUUCAGUGAGCAAAAUGACUCGAGCACUGUCAGAAACCGAUCUCUCAUCGCAGUUGAAUCGGAAGCCUCUCCACCGUCGUCAAUUCGAUGAAGAUGAAGAAGAGAGCAGAACCGGAACUUUCGGUGCUCGUUCAAGAACGGCGUCGUUUAGUUCCGCGCUUUGUUCUUUAACCGAGUUCGAAGAAAGCCAGAGUGAAGUCGAUGCCAGAGACGGUGGUUCGAUGCUUGUUUUGGUUGAAGAAGGAGGUGGUGGUGGAUUUGACAAAAACGACGGUGGAGUUUCAAGAUUCGGUGAUUCAAAUCAUGGAAAUGAUAGCACCGAUUUGUAUUACCGUACAAUGAUUGAAGCAAAUCCUGGAAAUCCGCUUUUUCUUGGUAAUUACGCAAAGUACUUAAAAGAGGUUCGUAAGGACUAUGUGAAAGCGGAAGAAUAUUGUGGAAGAGCGAUUUUGGCGAAUCCAAACGAUGGUAACGUUUUAUCACUUUACGCAGAUUUGAUAUGGGAGUGUCAUAAGGAUGCUCCUCGUGCUGAGACAUAUUUUGAUCAAGCAGUUAAAGCAGCUCCUGAUGACUGUUAUGUUCUAGCAUCAUAUGCACAUUUUCUUUGGGAUGCUGAUGAAGAAGAGGAAGAAGAAGAUGAAGCUGAAAAAUCUUUUGGUUUCUUUAAUGGAGCUGCUCCAUCACAUCCACAGCAGUUAGCUGCUGCUUCUUAAGUGCAUGUUUGAUAUUACGAUGAAUUUGUCGAAAUCACAUUGAGCCAUUAAACAGAUAGCUUUUGCACAACUUAGCUUGAUUUCGGCAACUAACCUUGUUAAUAUUAAUUAUUAUUAUCUUAAUUAACCUUUUGUAUUAAAUUUUUGGCCGAUGAAAAUAGCUGUAAUAAUGGUCUUUGUUUGCCUUAUCAUCAAUCAAUGUUGAAUCGUAUAUAUACAGGAAGAGCUUUACUUUUGUUUGAAUUGAAUUGUCAAACUCAAA